AUGGUGGAGCACGCGAGAGAGGCGGCGAGCAGGGGCGACGGGCUCGGCGCGACGGCGGCGGGGAGGAAUUUUUUGCACAACUUCCUCGAGCCGCUGUCGAGGGCGAUCGAGAAGGAGCAGGCGGAGAUCCGGAAGAAGGUCCCGGGCGCGGACCGGACCAACUACGGCCCGUUCAUGCUGAUGCUCAACCCGGACAAGCUCGCGGUGAUCACCCUCCACGCGGUGAUAUCGCAGCUCAUGAUGGGGGACGACCGCGUGAAAUUUUCCGGGGACAACGGUCAGGUGGGGAAGAGCAAGUUCGUUCGCGUCGUCGAGCGCCUGGGCGAGGCGGUGCAGGCGGAGGUGAACCUGUCUAGGCUCAAGCAGCGCGGGAAGGUGCGACCGAAGGAUCCUUCAGAGCGAGAGCGGCGAUUCAGGGAGGAGACCGCGGGCGUCAGCGCGAAGUCGCUGAGUAAGCUCACGACGGUGCGAUCCGUCGCGAAAUUCGCGAGGAGGGCGCUGAACGACUCGGACUGGGGGAUGACCGCGCGCGUGAAGCUCGGGAGCGUCCUCGCGAAGCUCCUCGUCGAGACCGCGAAGAUCGAGGUGCCGGAUCCCGAGAGCGGCGAGCUCGAGAUCAAGCCCGCGUUCGAGCACCACUACGAGUACGUAAACAGGCAGCAGCGGUACGGGAUGGUAUCCUGGCACCCCGCGUUCUUCGACUACAUCGAGCACGAGGACAUGAGGCACGCGCAGAUGAGCCUGGUGAGAUACAUGCCGAUGGUCACGCCGCCGCGGCCGUGGAGCAGGUUCGAUCAGGGCGGGUACUUGUGCUCGGAGACGUUCGUCAUGCGCGGGAACUACACGAGGUUGGGGCCGUCGUGGGGGCAAAUCAUGGCGCUCCUGGGCGAACAGAAGCGGUCUGACAGCGACGGAGAAUGCGCGAGCUAUCAGCCCGUGUUGGACGCGCUGAACGUGUUGGGAAAGACGCCGUGGGUCGUGAACGAGCGGACGGUGGACGUCAUGCAAAAAGUCUGGGACGACGGCGGCGGGAUCGCGGGCGUGCCGCCGCGGAGGACGGUAGACGAGCCGGUGUGGCCGGACCCGGGAGAGUACGUCAACGCGAAGGUCCGCGUGAAGCGCGAGAACCGAGAGUUGCACUCGCAGCGGUGCGACUUUUUGAUUAAGCUGAAAGUCGCGCAAGAGAUGCGCGACGAGGAGAAGAUCUUUUUCCCGCACAACAUCGACUUCCGCGGGCGCGCGUACACGAUGCACGCGCACUUGAAUCACAUCGGGAGCGACGUGUGCCGCGGCGCGCUUCUCUUCCAGGAGGCGCGCCCGCUCGGCGAGAACGGGCUGGACUGGCUGUACGUGCAAGCCGCGAACCUCUACGCCGCCGGCGGGGUGGAUAAGCUCCCUCUGGACGAGCGACGCGAGUGGAUGAAGACGCGGCUGGAUCGCAUCAAGGCGUCCGCGCGCGAUCCUCUGUGCGCCGACGACGCGAACUGCGCGUUCUGGCUCGAGGCGGAGAACCCGUGGCAGUGCCUCGCGACGUUCAUCGAGAUCGCCGCCGCCGUGGACAGCGGCGACCCCGCGUCGUACGCGUGCCGACUCCCCGUGCAUCAGGACGGGUCGUGCAACGGGCUGCAGCACUACGCCGCGCUCGGUCGCGACAUCGGCGGCGGCGAGCAGGUGAACCUGACGCCGCGCGACAGCCCCGGGGACGUGUACACCGGCGUCGCGAACGUCCUGAAGCGGAUGGUCGCGGAGGACGCGGCGGACGCGUCGGACCCGGAGACGGCGGCGACGGCGGCGGCGCUCGCGCCGCACAUCGACCGGAAGCUCGUGAAGCAGACGGUGAUGACGUCCGUGUACGGCGUCACGCACGUCGGCGCGCGACAGCAGAUACAGAGCCGUCUGCGCGAGCGCGGCGCGAUCGAGGACGAGAGCCUGCGGUAUCGGACGGCGAACUACGCGUCGCGGCGGACGCUAGACGCGUUGUCGAAUCUUUUCGUCAACGCGAGGGAAGUCAUGUCGUGGCUCGGGGAGUGCGCGCGCGUCGUCUCCAAGGGCGGGAAGCCGGUCCAGUGGACGACGCCGAUGGGUCUGCCCGUCGUGCAGCCGUACAAGGCGCCGAGCAGGAAGGUAGUUCGCACGAUCGUGCAGUCGUUCGUGCUGCAGUACGACUCGGAGGGGAGCGCGAUUCAAAAGCAAAAGCAAAAGAGCGCGUUUCCGCCCAACUUCAUCCACAGCGUGGACUCCGCGCACAUGAUGAAGACGGCGCUGGCGUGCCAGAGGCGAGACAUCGCGUUCGCGGGCGUGCACGACUCGUUCUGGACGCACGCCAGGGACGUGGACGCGAUGAACGAGGUGAUCCGAGACACGUUCGUGGAGCUCCACUCGGAGCCGCUCAUGACGACGUUGUACGAGGAGCUCAGAGAGACGUACCCAGAGGCGGCUGACGAAAUCCCGAAGCCGCCGCCGCUGGGGGAGUUGGACCUGAACGAGGUGAAGAAGUCGAGGUACUUCUUCUCGUGA